AUGAAUUUUCAUCUAGAUGGUCUUUAAUCACUAACAUAGAGCUACCAGAAUGAAGGAGGUAUGGAGGUUAUCAGGGAAAAGAACAUACUUGGAGUUCACAUAACAUGUUUCAAAUUAGCUUAGAAGGGUCAUAUCAAAGAAAAAAAAAACUGUUUAUGUGCAUAGAUUCAAAUAGGAGAAUUGGAACCAGUGAACAGAAGCUAAAAAGAGAGAGAUUUCUGCUGAAUUACAGUGUCUGAAUAAUUAUACACAUUUAAAAGGGAAAAGGGCUACGUGUGACUGAGAGUCACUGUCACUGGAAGGACUAAAUAACAAAAUACAGAUGGUAUUGUAAAGGCGUUGACUAGCUGAGUUGCCAGUUGGCAGGACACUGAUAUCGUUUUUACCUUCUCCAGCCUACACACUAAAUGCAUGGAAGCAGAAAACCAAACGAAAGUUUCACAAUUCCUUCUGCUGGGAUUCUCAGAAGACCCUGAGCUUCAGCCCCUCUUCUUCGGACUCUUCCUGUCCAUGUACCUGGUCACUGUACUUGGGAAUCUGUUUAUCAUCCUGGCCAUCAUCUCUGACUCCCACCUCCACACCCCCAUGUACUUUUUCCUCUCUAACCUGUCCUUUGUUGACAUCUGUUUCGUCACCACCACGGUCCCAAAGAUGCUGGUGAACAUCCAGACACAGAGCAAAGACAUAUCCUACAUGGGGUGCCUCACUCAGAUGUAUUUCUUCAUGAUUUUUAUAGUACUGGACAAUUUUCUCCUGACCAUUAUGGCCUAUGACCGAUUUGUGGCCAUCUGUCACCCCCUGCACUACACAGUCAUCAUGAAUCCCCGGCUCUGUGUCUUGUUGGUUCUGAUGUCUUGGGUCAUCAUUUUCUGGGUUGCUCUGAUUAACACCCUACUGAUAACAAGGCUGAACUUCUGUAUAGGCACUGAAAUUCCACAUUUCUUCUGUGAACUGGCUCAGAUUAUCAAAGUGGCCUGCUCUGAUACCCUCAUCGAUAACAUCUUCUUGUAUGUAUUGACUGCUCUGCUGGUUGUGUUUCCCUUCUCAGGGAUCCUCUUUUCUUACUCUCAGAUUGUCUCCUCCUUAAUGAGGAUGUCCUCUGCUGGGGCCAAGUAUAAGGCAUUUUCCACCUGUGGGUCUCAUGUCUCUGUCGUCUCUUUGUUCUAUGGGACAGGCAUUGGUGUCUACCUGAGUUCUGCUGUGACCCAUUCUUCCCAGGAGAGCUCUAUUGCCUCAGUGAUAUAUACUGUGGUCACGCCCAUGUUGAACCCUUUCAUCUACAGCCUAAGGAACAAGGAUGUGAAGGGAGCCUUGGGAAAACUCCUCUCUAGAGCAAUCUCUUGUUCAUCAUGGUAACUUGCUCAGGGCUAAACGGACCUUGUGGUCUCUAAAGCCAUAUAUUCUGAUUCUUUUUUCUUUCUGAAAAGACAUGCAUCAUUUCUUCUAUUCUCAACCACCUAUGACUUUCCUUUCUACUUGUUAUGUACCAUUUUUCCUCAACUUCUUUCUCAGUAAUUACUUUUGGCUCUUCUUUCCUAUAUGCUGUCCAUAAUUUUCUUUGGUCAGCUUUCUUAGAGCCAUUCCUGAAAAUGCCAACCUUAGAUUUUUAGCAUUUAUCAUGCCAAGUGCUGAUA